AUCGACACUUUUAGUCGAUUCUCGAACUGCGUCUAUAUGUAUUCAUUUCCAUCGUGUAGAAAAAAAACAAUACUGGACUGUACUCUUCUCCCGUUAUUUAUUUUCAUUGUUAACUCAAAAUAAUGUACAAUUCCUUAGACGAAAUAACAAUGAGCAUAUAAAAUUGUUAAUAAAUAUAUUUACAAAAUAUAUAAAUUAUACUACUUAUAAAAUUACCACCAAUCAACGAAGAUUAUAUACAAGUGCACACAUUACUCAUGAAAAUACUGCUUGAGUGAAACUGUUGAUUUUCUAUCUGCCACUUAAUUCUUGUUAUUUGCUAAAAAAAUACAAGCUGUUGAUGUUUCAUUCAUUUGAUAAGGCGUUUUACAUAAGGUUAUGUACAUGAUAAUUGAUGAUCGACAUGUUCUGAGACGUUGUCCGCGUUCAAUCACUGGUUGAUUACCUUGCAAAUUUUAAACUGAUUAAUUGAGUAACCAGUUAUCGAUAGACUUGCCCGUGUCAGUAACGUUAAAUAUAUUCCUUCGGGUAUGUUGAGUUUAUCCUAAAGAACAAUCAACGUCGAAACUGUGAAAUUCACUCGUGAGAAUGGCCGAUGAAACAGAAAUGGUUCGUCUUGCCGAAGAUAUCGAGUGUCUGGAAGCAGAGAUAGACGGUGAUGAUGUAGAUGAAGAAGGUUCCGACGGGGUUGUUGUUCCAGAGCUUCAGGGUACAUUAUCCAAAUGGACAAAUUAUAUACAUGGCUGGCAAACUAGAUUUAUUGUUCUCAAAGAUGGUACUUUAUCUUAUUACAAAUCUGAGCAGGACAGUGGAUUUGGAUGUCGUGGUUCAAUAAGUUUGUAUAAAGCUAAUAUUAAGGCGCACGAAUUCGAUGAAUGUAGAUUUGAUGUCUCUGUAAACGAUUGCCUUGUAUGGUAUUUAAGAGCAAAUUGUCCAGAAGAAAAGCAACGUUGGGUAGAUGUUCUAAAAUCUUACAAGUCGGAGUCUGGUUAUGGAAGCGAAAAUAGUCUGAAACGUCAUGGUAGUGCCAUUUCACUUGUGUCUAAUACACAAUCUAUUACAAGUGCAGGUAGCUUUACUAAACGUGGUGUUAGAGGGUUGAAAGAAAAAUUAGCAGAACUUGAAACCUUUAGGGAUAUCUUGAUCAAACAGAUUGACACUUUGCAAAAGUAUUUUGACAAUUGUGCAGAGAAUGCUAAGAAUAUUCCCACGAAAGAAAAUAAAGUUGAGACAAUGUUUGAUCCAGCUGAACAGGCAGUAGAUUUUAAGGGAGAAGCAAUAACAUUCAAAGCAACUAGCGAAGGUGUAUUAGCAACAUUACAGCAUUGUGUGGAAUUAAUGGUACAACGAGAAGAUGCAUGGCGUCGUAGAUGGGAAAAAGAAGUUGAAAAAAAACGAAAAGUGCAAGAACUUUACAAAUCUUUAAAGGAUCAAGUUGGAACACAACAAACUGAUUCGCCAAGACCUAGGCUUCUUAUCCACGGAGGUCCAGAUUAUGAGGAAGGUCCACAUAGUGCUCUCUGUGACGAAGAAUUUUAUGAUGCAGUAGAGACUGGACUAGAUAAAAUUGACGAAGAAAAUCAACUAAGAGAUCGUUUGAAACAAAAGUCAGUUUCAAUUUUAACUACUCCUACCAUGUCAGCAGCCAAGCAUAGACUCUGGCCAGAGAUAGAAAAAAUAACGAUGCAACAGUUGCAUUAUGCACGACUUGGGGUAGGAGCCGGUGGAUGGCAAUUGUUCGCCGAAGACGGUGACAUGCGGAUGUACAGACGAGAAGAAGAAGCGGAUGGCUUGGUAGUAGAUCCUUUAAAGGCAUGCCAUGUUGUAAAAGGAGUUACUGGCCAUGAAGUUUGCGAGAUAUUCUUCAGUCCUGAAUACAGAACAGGUUGGGAAGCAACUCUCGAAGACAUGACCGUAGUCGAAAAUAUUUCCAAAGAUACUUUAGUAUUUCUACAAACGCAUAAGCGAAUUUGGCCAGCAAGUCAGAGAGAUGCGCUAUUUUGGUCACAUAUGCGUCGAGUAUCUGACGAUGAAGAUCCAGAUGCACAUGAUUUAUGGAUAGUUUGUAAUCAUAGUACAGAACAUCCCGAUCAUCCUCCAAACACAGGAAAAUGUGUAAGAGUUUAUCUGACUGUGUGUCUUGUAUGUCAAACCUUUAUUGAUCCUCCAAAAGAUGAAGAAGAAAUAAAAAGAGAUAAUAUUACGUGCAAAAUAACAUACUGUUCUGUUGUAAAUCCUGGUGGAUGGGCUCCAGCAUCUGUUUUACGUGCUGUUUAUAAAAGGGAAUACCCAAAGUUCCUUAAACGUUUCACUAAUUUUUGUAUUGAUCAGUGUAAAGAUAAACCGAUUACAUUUUAAGUGUAAUUGAUAGAUAUUUCACAUUUUCCAUCCAAUUCUUUAUUUUACUGCAUCGAAGCGUUUUCACGUUCGUGAUGUAUCAAUAUAUCAAAGACAACAAAUCAGAAGUUAUAUACUACAGAAAUUUGAAACGGAAAACUCUCCUAGUAUAAAUGAAAGUGUUUUGUAUACUAUUUUUUUUUUAUUUGCUUAAUAUGAAAAAAUAUAUAUAUAGCUUAGUGGAACAGGAUACAAACUGUUACAUUGAAAGUGAUUUAUUAAAGUGUAAAGAAAUAUUGUAUACACUUCCAAGAUAAACUUUGUAAUGUGGAACACACGCGCUGAAGCACUGUUUAUAAAUUAUAUUUACUUCUUUGAACAACAGCUUGUUAUUUUAUUGUUAUACAGAAUGCUAUCGCAAGCCACUUGUAAAAAUCUUAACAAAACAAUUACAUAUAUAUAUUUAUCUAUUGUUACAUUAUAUAUCAAAUUAAAUACGAAACUGUAUAAUACAAAUUAUAUUGUUAUUUUUAUUUAUACAUAAAAAUGUGUACAAUGAUACACAAUUUAAAGGUCAAAUGGAGAAACAUAAUAAAGACUGU